CAUAUGUAGAAUGUUCCUCGUGCGAGCGAAGCGCUAACAAUCAUCAGUCAGUGUGCACAGCAGAGAGUUGCCGUCCGUGUGUGUUUUGUGCGUGUUGAGUUUCGGUAUUUUCGGCUUGGUGUAACAGCGGCGAUCGAUCGGGCGUUCGAACGAUCGACGAGGCGAACAACAGAGGGAAAAAAUCAAACCAAACCGUUGGAGUCAGUUUUUUGGAGAGAUCCGUCCGGGUGACAGCCGAAAUUUGAAGGACGCAGUUUGUCCAUAGGGAGCGGAAAGUUGACGUAACCGGUGACGGGAACGUGUGCAAUUUUGGAGAAAAAAGAAGUUUUUGUGGAAAUCGAAUGCCGAUCGCCGAACGAUUGGUGCCGAGCUUCGGAACAAAUCAACAAGUGGCUUGUUUUGCUUUAUUUUGAGGAACAGCGAAACAUCUGCGUGAGUUUGACUGUGGUAGAACCGAUGCCCUGAGCUGAGUUUUUGCUGUGAAACUUAUGGAAUUGAGUGAAUUGAAAAAAGAACAAAAGUGAUCGAUCGAAGAAAUUGUUGAUUUUCCGACAUAACAAAGUAACCCGAUCAAUGUUGCAACCUGUGGAAUCACCAAAGUAACAAGAGUUCAACCAACUGUGCCUACUACGACGAUCUGCCGCUCUAAUUUCCCAAGCUGAAAUGUUGAGUAAUUGUACCGGCCAGAAGGCAGACGACGACAACGACACUUGCAAGCAUCUGAUAAAAUAAGACAUCGCAGAGAUUCCAAUCCGUAGGAGCAAAAGAGCGACCAAAUCAAAAGAUAAAAAUAAUCUCGAAAAGGGGAUCUAAACAUUAGACAAGUUCCCCAAAAAAGAAGGAGCUGAGCUGUGUGACCGAACAUCGACAUCAGCGACAACGACGACGAAGACGACGGCGUGUUUUGGCUGAAGCUGCUACUGCUGGUUCCUGGUCGUCCAACGGUGUGGAGGUGUAGGAGAAGGUGCGUAGCCGCCGCUGUUGCAGAGAAGGCGAUCAACCAUCGUGGGUGACGUGAGAGACCGGCUGAGGAGACCCUGUUGCUGCUGCUGUCAAAGGAGAGAAGGCGAACCGUGUACCGUCCAACGCAACGAGCGACCAACCAACGUUCAUCCAUCUGUCAAAACAAACGGAGAGUGAGUUCCCACCCGUCCAAUCCCGAAAUAAGCAUUCUUCAGUUCAUUCGGGGUCGCGGAUUUUUACGGGUGCGAAUUUUCCUCCUCGAGGAAAACUGUCGGUUUAGUGGUGUGUGGAAAAAAGGAAAACAGUGACUGACACGGCCCUUUCCCGGAAGACUACAGUGCGAUAGGAACGAACGGAGUCGCGAGUGUGUCCGGAGGUCAAAGACCGCUGGAAAGAUCCGAAAUAAUUCCGGUGCGUGUGAGUAGCGUUCUGCUGGUCGGAAAAGUGCGAACAACCGGGUAGUGACGUGAUAAGAAGAAGCAAUUCGUGUGCUAGAACCUACCGAAAGCCGCGAGCGUGAAUCUUCCUUUGGUGCCAGUUCCCAGAAAAGCCGCAAAAAUUUGGGAAAUAAUGGAUCCGAAUGCAGCGCGUGACUCGCGCUACAAUCUGAACUACAGCAUGAGUAUGAUGAGCGAAACGCCGGAGAUCUACGGAAAUCCGAACGUUUCGCUGGCCCGGCCCCCCAGUGGAGGCCUCGUGGGUCAAGUCAUGUCUCGCGGUGGUAGCCUGAUGAGUGGGAAUGGACCUCAGUGCGGAACCGGUGGUGGUGGUGGUAACGGUGGCGGCGGAGGCGGUGGUGGAAGCCUCUCCCGUGGUAUCAAACGAGCCAACUCGGACUGCUACGAUGAUGGCCGGCAAAUGGUCGGUUCGCAGAACAUGACCGGCCUCGAAGGGUGCAACGUUGGCUCGGAUGUAGUGGACGAAAGCUAUACCUCACUGCAACCGAAAAAGUCACCACCGAGCAAUGGGAAGAAGACAAAGGGCCGUGUCAAGAUUAAGAUGGAAUACAUCGAUAACAAGUUGCGACGGUACACGACCUUCUCGAAGCGCAAAACCGGAAUCAUGAAGAAGGCCUACGAACUAUCCACCCUGACCGGCACGCAAGUGAUGCUGCUGGUGGCCUCCGAGACUGGUCACGUGUACACGUUCGCGACGCGCAAGCUGCAACCGAUGAUCACAUCGGAAGCGGGCAAAGCGCUCAUCCAGACCUGUCUGAACUCGCCGGAUCCCCCCACGGGAUCCAGCGGCGAUCAGCGGAUGUCUGCCACCGGGUUCGAGGAAACCGAACUCAGCUACAACAUCGGCGACGAAGAUUCGAAAGUAAGACAGCUAGUUUACGGCCACGGCCACCACGGGCAUGCUCAUCUGGGACAUCCGCAAACCGGGCACUACGGUCUCGAUCAGAGUCUGAUGCAGCAGCCCUAUCCGGUCAGCGGGCAGGGCUCGCCGCUGUCUCACGCGCAAUCCUACCCGCCACAUUCGGGCCAUUCGCACCAUUCGCACAUCCCGCAUCACUCCCACACCGCCCAUAUGACCCAUGCACACGCGCAACGGUAGUCAAGAAGGGGUCGGUCGGUGGCCGUUGCGAUCGGGUGGCAACAAAUUCCUCCAAAGCAGGGUUUUCGUUUCGAUUUAUUAUGCUUUAUUGUUAUGGUAAUUAUUAUUUGUGUGUGUGUGUGUGUGUGUGAGUGCGAGGGUCCAUCCGAAGGCUCCCUUUCGCGCUCGCUGUCUCCGGGUGGGUGCCAAUCAAUCCGGUCCGCACCGGUUUUUCCUUUGGGAAGAGGACGACCCGGGUGAGGACCAAGUGAGUGUGUAGAAAUGUUUAAGGAAUACGUCCAAUGCGCGGCAGUCUUUCACUUUCGGUGGAUUUUGCGGUCGUCGGUGGCGUCACGGUGGGUUCCGAUGGGUGUGAAAUUUCAGCAAGAAAUAGUUUCGAAAUGUUUUAGGCUAGAUAACAAAUCUGUGGCAAAAAGUUACCCCGUUAGAUUGUGCUGAUCAAAAAGAUUGGGUCGAUGAGUCAAUCAAAUAACAGUAGCUUUCUUGGUUGAGUGUUUAACGAGCUUGAAGCUGCAGUGCACAGUGGGCUAGGAAUGUAAUCUAGCAGGCCAAAAUUAAUAACUCCAAAACGAAGCAUGAUUUACAUGUUUUCAGCAAAGUUACUUAUUAUAAUUUGGACCAUCUUUGGGUAUGAUCCAAUAAUUCGAAACUGAUCUGCACAGCAGGCGUCAAAACUUAACCUUUAACUCUUACAUUAUAGAGACUUUUUCGUCUUGGACAAAGUUGUUUAUCUCAUAAAAACGUGUUAAAAAUGUUUUUAACCAUUAUUUUUCGAUAUUUUGAUAAGUUGUAUUUUUCACUUUCUGCAAAUGCACAUAGUGUACACAACUUUAACUAAAGAUAAACCGCCAAAGCGAA